CAAGUAGAAUAGCCAGAAAAUGCUGAUUUUAUUUUAUUCACUGCUGAUGCUCGGAAUCGGCCGAUGCACAGAUCAGAUCUUUGAGACAAAGACUGCGGUUGUUGGAUCUCAUGUGAAGCUGACAUGUACCCACAAGAAUUUGGGAGGCUUGUUUUGGAUCAGACUUGUUUCUGGAGAACUUCCUGUAUUCUUACGACGAAGCUUUAGCUCUGCUGGUGUCGAUCCUCACUUUACAGCCAAAGAAGAGCCGGAAGGAUUUGUUCUGCGUAUUAAAGAAGCACAGCUAAGUGAUACUGCAGUUUACUACUGUAUGAAAAUACAACAAGACCUGACAUUUUUGAAAGGAGUAGACCUGAGAGUUAAAGGAACCGAACCUGAUACGACCGCAGACCCUUUAUCUGAUCCAGUCACUCCACGAGACUCAGUGUCUCCUCAUCAUCCAGUCCUCUCUGACCCUGAGACCAAAACCCGUCCAAGAGAGCAAACUGUGUGCUGUGUUGGAUCUGGAUCAAAUCAGUCUCACCCAACUUUUACUUGCACUCCAGGAAACAGUGUUGAAGAGCAUGAAACGAACCCAGAAGGACUGCCAGAGAAGAAAUGUACCUUCAGCUUCUUCAAGAACGGCAGCUCCUCUGAUGCUGGGACUUAUUACUUUGCUGGGACUACGUGUGAGGAGAUAUUUUGUGGAAACAGAUCAAAACCCGACAAUGGAGCAGUGAACAUGUGGGACACUCCACUUCUCUCUGUGCUAUGUGCUGCUUUGGCCAUAAGUCUAAUUGUUAUAGCCUAUCUCGUUUAUUCAAUCAAGAAACUCAAGACAAAAUCUUGCGAUUGUUGCUACGCUGCUGUUGCUCUGGCGACAGAUGCUGCAACAGUUGAUCACCAAAGUCAGCAGGUAAUUUAUAUACAGAAAAGAUGCAGCCGGGGAAGUUAUCAGCUUGUUUUUCUAUCAAAUUGUGUAAAUGUUGUCAUCUGCCGUCUGAUAACAUUUCUCUGUAUAUUUCCUCAGACAGAUGAGGACUCAUUGGUUUAUUCAGCACCAACCUUCAGCGGUAGGAAAGCAAAGACAAGGGAUGCAAAACUGGAGAAGGAAGAGAGUAUCUAUGCUGAUGUCAGGGCUAGACAUCACAGUCUAAACACUGGAUCUGCUACUUGAUGCUGAUGUAAUCUUCAUGACAUAAAAAUAAUAGAUCAUUAUUUAAUAGUUGAGCUUCUGGCACUACAAAUAUGCUGCAGGGAUUCUAUAUCUAUAAAUGUUUGUUUCACUGUGAGUCUUCAUUAAAGCUGUGAAGAUUUUCCUGUCUGUUCCUUUGUAUAUCAGGAAUUUUCCAGUGUGUUAAUGAGCUUCCUCCAUGACCCACAUCUACAUAUGUGUCAAUGCUAUGGAAAGGUAUUGUACCUCUAGGUUUUCAUGGUUUUGUAGAUGUGUUAAUAAUAAAUAAUUU